GCUGGUUAUAGACGGCACUAUGGAGGGCUCUGAGGAGGGCUCUGAGGCGGUGAAGAGGGCCACAGCGCUUAUCGAGGAGCGGCUGGCACAGGAGGAGGAGAAUGAGAAACUCCUAGGAAAGGCCCAGCAGAAGCUGCCCAUGGACAUGCUGGUGUUGGAGGAUGAGAAGCACCACAGGGCUCCGAGUCUGGCCUUACAAAAGGCUAAGGGUCAAGAGCGUGUGCGCAAGACAUCACUAGACCUUCGGCGGGAGAUCAUCGAUGUGGGUGGGAUCCAGAACCUCAUCGAGCUGCGGAAAAAACGCAAGCAGAAAAAGCGGGAAGCACUGACUGGCCCCCAGGAGCCACCUCCAGAGCCUGAGGAGAUCAUUCAUGCCUUCCAGACUGGACCUGUGGACCAGGAGACAUUCCUGAAAGCGGCAGUGGAGGGGAAAAUGAAGGUCAUUGAGAAAUUCCUGGCCGACGGGGGUUCCCCGGACACCUGUGAUCAGUUCCGCCGGACAGCAUUGCAUCGAGCUUCCCUGGAAGGCCACAUGGAGAUCCUGGAGAAGCUUCUGGAGAGUGGGGCUACUGUGGACUUCCAGGAUCGGCUGGACUGCACGGCCAUGCAUUGGGCCUGCCGUGGGGGCCACUUGGAGGUGGUAAAACUCCUGCAAAGCCGAGGAGGAGACACCAACAUAAGAGAUAAGCUGCUGAGUACCCCCCUGCAUGUGGCAGUCCGGACGGGGCAGGUGGAGAUUGUGCAGCACUUUCUGUCCCUGGGCAUGGACAUCAAUGCCAAAGACAGAGAAGGGGACAGUGCCCUGCACGAUGCUGUGAGGCUCAACCGCUACAAAAUCAUCAAAUUGCUGCUUCUGCAUGGGGCUGACAUGAUGACCAAGAACCUGGCAGGAAAGACCCCCACGGACCUGGUGCAGCUGUGGCAGGCUGACACCCGGCAGGCUCUGGAGCACCCAGAGCCAGGGGCAGAGCAGAACGGGUUGGAGGGUCCUGCUGAGAGUGUGCAGGAGACCCCCCAGCCUGUGCCAGCCCAGUGAACACCUGCCCCUGGCACCCGGGCUGUCCCUUGGGUACAGCCAGAGGAUCACAGUAAUGGCCCCCAGAGCUGACAACCCUGCCAUUCUUCUGCAUACGACCCGGGCACCCACAAGCUACCGCAAUUAAAAAAAAAAAAAAAAAAAAGUC